GCCUGAACCUGCGGGUUUGGUAGACCGCGUUGACAAUCUUGGCGAAGACGGAAGUACAGAGCAGUGAACUCUCUUGCCUCACCUGGAAACACAUGACAACAACAAUGGCUGCCUCCUGCUCGCUAGUGUGUUGUGGGGAGGAGAGAGAUGCCGACAAAGCUGUCAUUGUCCGCUUUUCAAACGGCAGCGUCAGAAAUGCGGACAAGCUCGAUUUUACGAUGUACAAGAACGCAGAUGAGAAUAACCCGAGGAAAAAGAGCAGACGGAUAUUGGUUGCUGAAUCGGACAGACUGUCCUAUGUUGCAAAUAAUUUUGGAGCGGGGUCACUGAAGUGCAACAACCUUUGCAAAUAUUAUGUUGGAGUGUUGAACAGACAGACCAUGCAAAUGGAGGUGCACGAUGCUCUGCUCUUCAACAUGCAACCCGUUAUACCAGGAGAAACAACAGCGACUGCAAAACCUCAGGACACUACUCAGACCUACAGAGACAAGGUUGACUCUUUGAUUGAGGCGUUCGGCACCAACAAACAGAAGAGAGCUCUGAGCUCCCGCAAGCUGAAUCAGGUGGGCAGUGAUACCCUGCACCAAGCGGUGGCUAAGGCUGCCAGCAAUGUGAUUGACCAGAAGGGUCUGGAAGCACUUCAACAGGAAGUUGCUGAGACAGAGUCCCAAGGAGACCUGGCUUUCCACCUUCCUCCCCGCAAUGCAGACGCAGACCGACCUGAGAACGUCUACUUAUUUGAUGAUCUCCUGAGUCCAGUGGAGUUUGCCGCGUUGGAGCAGGCUGGUUCCAAGAUGGCAGCCCUCACCCCUGAGGAGCUGCAGAAGAUGACCGUUGACGGAGGGUGUCAGUGUGUUGUGAAGCACCUGGAGAAAAUGCCAACCGUAGGUGAAGUCAAAGAGAGAGUGGCACGCUGCGCCUUUUAUCUUUCUCUGCUCCUCAAACUGGCGCGGCAGAGGAGCAUUACCCGCAAGUUUGGGGAAGAGGAAGGCUGCCCUCGCAUCAUUCAGAGCAAACUGUUGAGAACAUUCACUGUGGAGUCUUUCAACAAUGGCAGGGUCCUGAACAUGGUGUCUACAUCAAUGCGAGCCAAAUUAGCAGCUUAUUCCCUGGCUCUGCUGCUGCAUAUGGGCCACAUGACUGCUGACCUCACAUUGCUGCACCGGGACCUGGGAAUCACUGAGGCCAAGAUGAUUGAACUUGCGAAGUCAAUGGGACUGACCCUGAUUAGACCGGCCCGGGGAAAGACUGAUGAGGCUGGACUGCAAGACGAACACAGGCAGGCGUCCCUUCUUCUACCUCUGGUCAAAUAUGAUCAGUUUAUAGAGAGACGGAAACGCAAGAAAAUGCACUGAAGACCAUAUCAAGAGGAUAAAGAGAAUUGGAAAUGCCACAAUCAAGAACUGUUUAUUAAUGCAUUUUGUAGACAAAUAAAAUGGUGAACUUUGAGUUAUA